ACAUCAGGUGCUUGAAUUGGUUUGCUCCUUCCUCUUCCACCCUGCAUCAGAGACAGUGCCAAGCUGGGCAUCAUAUAAUUGGGUUUUGAGCAGCGCUAGUCUCAAGACUGCUAUGAGAUCCUUGCUUCUUCCUCUAAGCCCCAGUUAAGGUUUCCGUCCAGCUGUCGUGGCCAAAGACACUUGGACUAAAGACUGGGACGGUUUGCAGCGUGAUCCAACUAGCCCACUUCUGGCAAGAUUCGUGCCUGCCAUGAAGCCCUGUCUCAUCUUCACUCUUCUAAGCACAGCUGGAGUUAUUCUGGCCACAGAUUCUAAAGAUGAUGACCCGAACUUACCAGAAGAUUUUACUAUUCCAUACAUGGUCUAUCUGCAGUCCAGAUCAGAACCCUGUGUGGGGUCUCUCAUUCACCCUGAGUGGGUACUGACAGCUGCCCACUGCCCUUUACCCAUUAAAAUCCGACUGGGAGUUUAUCAACCCAGCAUCAGAAAUAAGAAAGAGCAGAUACGGAAUUACUCAUUGAUUAUCCCUGCCCCUGAGUUCAAGGCACGAUCUCUGGAGAAUGACCUGAUGCUGAUAAAACUGUCCAAGCCUGCUGUACUCAACUCCCACGUGGGGACCAUAGCCAUAUCUAUGGAGCCCUUAACAUUGAAUGAUUCCUGCUUUAUCCCAACCUGGACUUGGAAUGAAUACAAAAACCUUAGUGACCCUGACAUCCUGACGUGGAUAAACCAGCCUUCUCAUCCCUUCAAUUACUGCAACAAUAUGGUAGGAAAUAGAAUGGCAGUACACAUCAUGUGUGUGGGAAAACCUUUGAACAUCAUAUCUAAAGUCAAGGAAGUCUCAGCUGCUCCAGCCAUCUGCAAUGGGAGGCUGCAUGGAAUCUUGUGCUGGGACAAAGGAAGUGUCACCCUGGGAAGUGAAGCAUUCUUCACAGAAGUCCAUCACUAUGCAAGAUGGAUCAUGAAAACUAUUAAUACCCACUGAGGCACUCUGUUCCUCUGUCCCCCAGGGAAACAUCUUCAUGAUUUCUGUACUGAAUUCACAAUUCUCUUGACCUUUCUUGUUCUUGGAUAGAAUCCAAAUAGAAAACAUUCAGUUUAAAAAAAAAAAAAAAGAC